CCCGCCCUAAUGAAAUAGCCCAACUAAACAAAUUACUUUUGUCAUCGUAUUGCACGAAAAAUUCUUUACCAACUUCAUCUCAACCACAAUCAUCCCCCCACAUGUCCACUAAUACUAUAAAUAGCACAUAUACUGGUCCCAAUUUGAACGUGACCUUAGUGUGCCCUGAUUGUCGACAAUUCCCACCCGACUUGGUGGAACGGUUUAGUGAAGGUGAUAUAAUCUGCGGCAAUUGCGGAUUGGUACUUAGUGAUAGAAUAGUAGACACUCGUUCCGAAUGGAGAACUUUCAAUAAUGAUGACCAAAAUGGUGACGAUCCUUCUCGUGUGGGUGAUUCGGGGAAUCCACUUUUGGACACAGAAGACUUGUCCACUAUGAUCUCAUACGUGCCGCAAGGUGGGAAUAGAGUAGGAAGAGAUUUAACUAGGAUCCAACAAAAGUCAUUGGUGGAUAAAAAGAAUAAUGCCUUGAAUGCGGCGUAUAUCAGGAUCCAAGAAUUGUGUAAUGGGUAUCAGCUUCCUAAAACAGUCACAGAUGCUGCAAAACACCUUUACAAAGCAGUGAGAGAGGACAAGCUACUUAGAGGGAAGUCCCAGGAUUCAAUAAUGGCAGCAGUUAUAUUACUUGGGUGCAGAAGGUCAGACGUUCCUAGAACAUUAGAAGAAAUCCGUGCAUUGACAAAUGUCCCCUCGAAACAAAUCGCCAAAGUUGCUAGACUUAUCAAGAAAAUCAUUCAUUCGCAUCUAGUGGCAAACCCACAAUCCUCCAUUUUGGAAGAAACAACAAGUUUGACUACACAUUCAGCUGAAGACUUAAUCAGAAGAUUUUGUUCUCACUUGGGCUUGACUCCUCAAGUCACCAACGCGGCUGAACAUAUCGCGAGACAAUGCAAAGACAUUGGUGUACUAGCAGGUAGAUCACCUACGACAAUUGCAGCAGCUGCAAUUUACCUUGCAGGCAAAGCAUUUGAUGUUGAGUUAACCCAACAGCAAAUUAGAGAUAAAACUGGGGUAAGUAUUGGUACGAUAAAGACGUCUUAUAAAGUUAUGUACGAGAACAAGGACAAGUUAUUGGAUCCAUAUUGGAUAGAGUCGGGAAAAGUUAAACUAGACAAUAUUCCUAAAAGUUAACUGGAAAUGCCGUUUGAAUAUAAGUUAUCAUAUCGUUAUCUGUAACAAGACCUUCAUGUAAUAGUGUUUCUUGAAAUUUGUGAUCAGGUUUGUUUUGUUUUGGUUCUUCCUCCUGGGAAAAGUAUUCAUUGAUUUUCUGUACAAAUUCUGGUGAAUCAUAAUCAAGAUCACUGUAAUUUAUCCUGUUCUCUUCUGUUUCUGUUAACUGAAAUUGACUUUCAUAUUGUUUCAUGCAUCGAGACAAUCUUGUCAAGUUGGUCAAUUCAAGCUCAUUUAUCAACCUGGUAAAACUUUCAAAAUUCAACAAGAUAUUAUAGAUUAAACUAUAAUUAAUUGAAUUAGGAGUACUUGUCCAAAACCACGAUUCACUAUCAACAACCUGCUCACAUUGAUUGAAUCUCUUAUUCAACAUAAAAUCAAUAGUCACCAACACUUCCUCAACUAAAACCCUCACUUGUUUACUAUCUAACUUCUUAAAAGCAAGUAAAUUCUGUUUAUCAAUAAAUUUAACCAAUGUGCAAAUAGUAGAAUGGAAUUCAAACCAUGAAUAUUUCCCAAGAUCUAUAUUGCUAUCCUGUUCAAAACAGGACAAUAUCUGAUGAAUCAAAUUAACACCAAGGCGGUAAUUCUUGACAUUCAACUUAUUAGUCAAGUUAAAUCGAAUAAGGUUCUGAACACAAUCUAAAAUAUAGAAUAAACUAGAUUUAUAACCCAAAUCACCUUGAUCAUGUGGAACAAAUGGUAGUUUCUGAUGACAUAAUUUCCAUUUAUCUUCAUUAAUUUGAUAUUUCUUCAAAUCGCUUAUAUAAUUGGUGGUCAAAUUCAAGAUGAUUUCCAACGAAAGGGUGGUUAAAUGUUGUAAACUGGAUGAGCGAUAUUGAUACUCAAAAAUAUAUGAUAAUAAGCACAACCAAACUUCAAAUAAUUCCACAUUUUUGAGCUCAUCUUCAGUUAA